UCAUCCUCACACUUUAAUUCACAUCAUCGUCUCCCUUUUAGAGCAGCCAGCCAUCGAUCCACGUCUAACCCCCCGCGCUCCGGACACUAUCCCGUCCCACGGAGGACGAUGCUGACACGGGACCAUAAAUCAUCGCGUUGGCUGUGAACCUGUAGCCUGUCCGCGGCGGCUGGGCUCCACCGGUGAGCUGUGAGAGGGCUCGGCUGAUUCACUGCCAGGACUCUUCCCUCCUCCCGGUGCUCGAGUCAUUUCUUUAUCUUUUAAUUAUCCUUCCAGCGCUGCGUUUCCAUCGAUCGGGACCUAAGGAUGUCUGACUCGGAGGACCUCACCGAGUUUGGGAGCAUAGUGGAGCGGAUUGAGAAGGGAGAGGUACCAAUAAAGAACAUAGAGCGGGAGCUCAUUUGCCCGAUCUGUAAGGAACUGUUCACGCAUCCCCUCAUCCUGCCCUGUCAGCACAGCGUCUGUCACAAAUGUGUCAAAGAGCUACUGCUGCUGAACCAUGAGGACUCCUUCAGCACAGAUGCAGGCUCCGAGUGCUCCAACCCGGGCAGCCCUCGCUCCAGAGUGCCCUCUCCCAGCAUGGAGAGGCUGGACAGGCUUGUACGAUCAGUCUCACUGCGGCAGCAGCAGCAGCAGCAGCUAGCCUCAGUUUGCCGUGCUGCAGAUGCUGCCUGCUACUCCCCUCCCCGAGCAGCACAGCAAACCCACAGCCUAAGGUCUGUAUCCUCCCCUGGCUGGAGGCGUUCCUCCGUGACCCCCCGCGUCACCACCUUCCCAUGUCCAGGCUGCCAGCAUGAUAUUGAUCUUGGGGAGCGGGGCAUUAGCAUGCUCUUCCGCAACUUCACGUUGGAGAGCAUCGUGGAACGUUACCGGCAGGCGGCCCGGGCCGCCGUGGCCAUCAUGUGCAACAUGUGCAAGCCUCCUGUGCAGGAGGCCACCAAGAGCUGCAUGGACUGCAAGGCCAGCUACUGCAACGAGUGCUUCAAGCUGCACCAUCCCUGGGGAACGCCCAAAGCCCAGCAUGAAUAUGUUGGGCCCACUACCAACUUCAGGCCAAAGGUGUUGAUGUGUCCUGAACACGAGAUGGAGAAGGUCAACAUGUACUGUGAAGUGUGCCGUCGGCCAGUGUGUCACCUCUGCAAACUCGGCGGCUCUCAUGCUAACCAUAAAGUCACAUCCAUGAGCAGUGCCUACAAGAUCCUUAAGGACAAGCUGUCGAAGAGUAUCCAUUACCUAAUUAGUAAAGAGGACCAAGUGAGGAAUCAGAUUUCCGAGCUCGAGGUCUUGAUUCAUGAGACUGAGGAAAGCGGACAGCUUGCAGAGAGACGGGCCAACGAACAUUUUGAGCGUCUUUUCGAGACUCUCCAAGAAAAGAAGACUGAGAUGUUGCGGUCCAUCGAGCAGUCCAGGAACUGCCGCCUAGACAAGUUCAAGAGCCAGGUGGAGGAGUACCAGGGCAUGCUGGAGAACAGUGGUUUAGUGGGUUAUGCCCAGGAAGUCCUGAAAGAGACUGACCAGUCCUGCUUUGUUCAGACGGCUAAGCAGCUACAUGUCAGGGUUCAGAAAGCCACAGAAUCAUUGAAGACCUUUCAGCCUGCAGCCAGCCCCUCAUUUGAUGAAUUCUUCCUGGACACAUCAAAGGAAGAGUCGUUGCUAAAAGAGCUUUCCUUUGGUGGAGUUCCAGAUCCUCCUAUGAUUGACCUGUCUCAGAGUCGUGUGUAUAAUGAGGGACUGAUCCACUGGAGGCUCCCUGAAGACUCUCUGCCCACAGAUCACCAUGUUCUCGAGUACAAGAAGGUGGCUACGGAAGAUGAGGCAAAGAGCAAGUGGCAGAUGAGUGACCAUGUGUAUGGCUCCAGCACAGUGGUGUGUGAUCUAGACCGUUACUGCCGCUAUGCCUUCAGAGUGCGGAGCUGCCGUAAUGGCGUUUACAGCCCUUACAGCCCCGAGGUGUCUUUCCAUACCCCUCCUGCUCCAGUGUUUGGCUUCUUGUUUAAUGAGAAGUGUGGAUUCAGCGUAGAGCGGUUGCAGUUGAGCAAGAGGAGAGACUCUGUGGAGAGUGUGGCUGGCAUGGCCUUCCUGCUGGCUGCUGAUCGUGUCCAGACAGGAAGUUAUAUAUGUCUUGACUACAUUGUUGGCGACACUGGCAUCUCGCAUGGCCGCCACUACUGGGCUUUCCGUGUUGAUCCAAGCUCUUACAUGGUGAAAGUGGGCGUGGCAUCAGACUCCAAGCUGAUUGAGUGGUUCCAUAACCCCCGUGACACCAGCAGCCCAAGGUACGACCAUGAUAGUGGGCAUGACAGUGGCAGUGAGGACACCUGCUAUGACCUCUCGCAGCCCUUCACUCUGGUCACCAUGGGCAUGGGUAAGCUUUUCAUCCCCAAAGCCUCCAUCACGGCCUCGGCGGGCGAUCACGGCAAUCGCGUGCUACCCUUGCCUCAGCGCAUCGGAGUGUGCCUCGACUACGAUGCCGGCCGGGUGUUCUUCUACGACGCCGACACCAUGCGCUGCCUGUACGAGAGGCAGGUGGACUGCUCCGGCACCAUGUACCCUGCUUUUGGCCUCAUGGGCGGAGGAGCUGUCCACCUGGAGGAAUUCAUCACAGCCAAGCGGCUGUCCUACAUGUGAAAUCUCGCUGUUGGCAUCCAAGUCUGCCCACCAUCUGCCCUCGUGCUGAUCUGUCUCUAUCCGCUUCCGCUGGCUUAUUUGUCCCUGGCUUCCAAUAGGUCACGAAAUGUAGCUUUUGUGUGCAAAACACCUGUUUCUAUAUCCAGCCAAGAGUAACCUGACAAACCUUGCUUCAGUGCCUUUGUGCCUUUUAUGAGAUCAACUAAGCAGGUGCUUAAUUCUAAUGUUAUCGUUAUAACACAUCAGGUUUUGAUCAGCACUCGUAUGGCAAUGCAGAAUAUCACGAUACACCUUAAUACGAUGCAGAACCUCACUGUUUUUGCUCUUGUGAAAACGAUUGUCUGAACAAGUACGAUGCGGUAUGAAUCGUACAUGUUGCACAUGAUUAACUUAUUUGGCACUACCUUAUACCUGUGCACUAACAAUAACUGGUUUUGUGAACUGUUCUGAUUGUAGUAACACUUGCAACACUAUUACCUGGGCUGACUUUUUCUCUUGCUAAGACUGUUGAGAAUGAUCUGCUAAAUAAACUAUUUGCAAUGAAAUCUAA